AGGUCUAUACAUUUAAUUCCUGAGCGAUUCUUCAUUUUCCUCCGAAAUCAAAGUCUGUAUAAAUUCCUUCGAAAAGCAGGGGGAAUACAAAAGGCAAAACAAAGAGAAAAAAGAAAAAGCCAAAAGCAGCGGAAUUUCAAGCAUGGCAGCAAAAGUGGUGGUUUCACGGCCGGUAACCUUCGUUACCGGAAACGCAAAGAAGCUGGAAGAAGUCCGCGCUAUCAUCGGAAAAUCCAUUCCUCUCCGAUCUAUGAAGAUUGAUCUUCCUGAACUGCAAGGUGAACCUGAAGACAUUUCCAAAGAGAAAGCUCGUUUAGCUGCUCAAAAGGUGAAAGGACCUGUCUUGGUGGAGGAUACGUGUCUGUGUUACAAUGCGCUUAAAGGACUUCCAGGGCCAUACGUAAAGUGGCAUUUGGAUAAGACUGGUGUUGAAGGUUUGUACAAGUUAUUGACUGCGUAUGAUGACAAGUCAGCAUUUGCAUUAUGUGUAUUCUCUUUUGCCCUUGGACCUGAUUCUGAACCCAUUACAUUUUCUGGGAAAACUAUGGGUACGAUAGUUCCUCCAAGGGGACCCAGGGAUUUUGGAUGGGAUCCAGUCUUUCAACCUGAUGGAUAUGAAGAAACUUUUGCGGAAAUGUGUAAGGAAGAAAAGAACAAGAUUUCUCACCGCUACAGGGCACUUUCUUUGGUGAAAUCUCAUUUUGUUGAAGUUGGAUAUGAAUUUGCAAUGGAAGACUCUAAUGAGAAUGACCAAAGUGCAUCAGACAAGAGUAAGGAAGAUUCUACUGGCAAGAAUGAUCAUGCUGCCACUGCAGCUAAUAAUGAUCAAGCUGCAUCUGCACUAAUCGUCGACCAAACUGCAUCUGCACCUGAUGAUGAUCAAACUGCAUCUGCACCUAGCAAGAGGAAAAGGGAAAAUGGCGAAGGGUUGGAGAAAACAGAAGAGGAGGAAGCAUCUGAGAAAAAGCUGAAGGGGGAUGAGAACUAAAGUCACCAGGGAUGUUGGCUUAACUUGUUACCGCUUUUUGAAUAGAGAGAAACACAGCAUCUCUAUCUAGUUUAAGAUAGAUUUUGGAGUAUUGUGUUUUUUGAAACUUAUUUCUUAUUCUGAAGUUACCAUGCCAUAUUAGAGCAGUAUAGUACUCUAUCUUCAAUAUGAACCUUUUGAUGUACUUAAAAUUCUAUUAUGAGCUUUUAGUGUUUCAUAUGAUUUCAUGUUUGGUUA